CUCAUUUUAUUUCCUGCCUUUUCUCUCUCCAGAGUUCAACUCAUUACUGCUAUAUUUGGUCUACCAAAUUUUAUUUUCUUUACCAUGCCACUUGCUACUCUACAGCGUGAUUCUCCUCAUGCUUAUAACCGUCGAGUCUCGUUGCAGAAAACGACCGUGCGACGAACACCCUCACUGUCGUCGCUUUCUUCACCGUCUCGUCGCAACAGUUUGAAAGCCCGCACGCAGCCCAAGAAAUCGGUUCGAUUCCGCGAUGCUUGCGACGUUCGUCUUUUUAUUCAGUCCCAAAUGCCUGCAGCGGUUCACAGCGAUCCUAAACCGUUCUUACCGCCGACUUGGAGAAUUAGUAAAUUGAACUGGACUCCCGGUUUGACAUUUUCAAGAGAUGCCAAAGUCCAGCUAGAGUCGGUUCAACUCACGCAUUCCGAUAUGUGCGAGGAGCCAACCUUGGUCGGUUGUUGCCGUGUCGCCAAUCUUGCAUUCAAGAAGCACGUGACCGUUCGCUAUUCCCUUGACUACUGGAACUCUUUUGUUGAGAUCGAUGCAGAAUAUUGUGACUCCAUUGCCAAUGGCACGUGGGACAGAUUUUCGUUUACCAUUCCCUUGGUCAGCCAGCAGGUCGUGCGAACCGUAUACCUUGCUUUGUGCUACACUGUGAACGGUACAGAAUACUGGGACAACAAUUCCGGUCGCAACUAUCAAAUUGACCUUGUCGAACAUGAAAACCCUGUUGAAAUCGAACCGCAUAUGAGGAAGCCCGUCAGCAUUAUUCGGCGCCAUCUUCUGGGCGAAACCAAACCGGUGAACACGAGCCCCGAAAUAAGCAGCAGCAGCGAGGAAGAGGAAGACGAAGAAGACGAAGAUGUUAGUGACCAAGAGGUCACGGUACGUAUGAAAUCACUAUCGGUUCAAGAUCCUCAGGCAUUCAGCUCUCGGUACAACUUUGGAGCCGCUCGUCAAGCCCGACCUUGGAGUCCAAUCACGCCUUCUGUGAAUCAGCUGCCUCUGCUAACCACAGGCAUCGACGCAUCCAGCGAGUCUCAACAAGGUUAUCAAACUCUCAUCUCGAAGUACUGCUUUUGCGCCGAUUCUUUUGGCCAUACACCCACUAUCCUGCAAAACUAAAAUAAGAUCAUACCAUCCUUGUUUUUUUACGCUUCACUUAUACUCCCUCUCCCCUCUAUAUCGUAUCUUUGUCCAAAUAUUCCUCCCUCAAUCUUCUUUGUGUCAUUCUUAUCAAUUCAUUUUGAUUUCUCUUUUUUGUAUAUACCAAAAAUCAAAAAAUUCAUUGAAUAAACAUUAUGCAACGCUGUAC